GUGUUUUCUGCAGCUGGACCCUCCGGACCAGCAGGUGGCCCUCAGCAGCGGAUACUUCUCACCAACCACCGCUAAAAAUCAAGAUGAUGAGACCGAAUCGACGAACAAGCAGGCGGGGAGAGGCACGGGAGAGGGCAGGCAGUCCAGCUCACAUAGCAAACUCUCUCAACCAUAUCCUGUGGAGUUAAAUCGACCACAAACAGCCAGAUAUGUAGUCCGACCAAGCCUGCCUGUUUCCUGACAGCGAGCGGGACAGAAAAAAAGCCGGAAAUCUCCCUGUUUUUUCUGGCAGAAUGGCGCAAACUAGCCGGGAUACUUCGACUUGUCGGCUCUGUUGAAUAUUUGUGACCCCAUCCAGCAACAGCAACAGCAGCAGCAGCAGCAACAACAGCUGGCUAACAAGCUAUCAAGCGAUUAGCAUUAGCGAUCCAACGGCUGGACUGGACAGCUGUCAUCCCGGAAGGCCGCCGCCACGCCGGGCCGGGAUUUAACUUUCCCCCAUCCUGACAUCCGGACGGAACCAGCACCAAAAAAAAAGUCUCCUCCUUCAUGAUAAACUGCUGUUUAUUGCUAAUCGGUAAGAAUGGAUUCUUCUGUUGGGAUAUGCGACGAGGAGUGCUUGGCAACUGUGAGAGUUCAGGAGCUGAGGUCUGGCCAGAAGGAGCCCAGACUACUGUCACUAAUUGAGCGCAGUGGAGAGUUUAUAUUGGGUGUCUUGGCGACCCCUGACGCUGUCGUGUCUCGUCCAGUGGCUCAACUGUCUAUUCCCAUCAAUGGUAAAUUUGAACUUAUAAGAGAGGCAGAAGAAGCGCUUCUUAUCGACUUCUCUGCAGAUUCCUGUGUCAGGAUACGAAUCAAAGGAGAAAAAGCCCCAGAGCUGCUGUUGGAACUCCAGGAUGAUGAACGGACCCAGACUUUCCUCACCCAGGUGAAGAGCGCUCAGCAGCAAGUUGAAUCCAAACCCACGAAACCCAAAGCGAUGGAGCCCAUAGCGCCAAUAACCCCGAGGGGUCCGGUCCCUAUCCCACCUCAAAGAGGAAACAAGACCGCUAACUCUGUGGGCUCUGGAGUCAGCACACCCAAAUCUACCGGUGCACUGCCUCCCAACCUCAACAACAGCACUUCAACCAAUCGGACUAAUACAGAUCCAGCUCAGUCACUUGCCUCAGACUUUGGCUUUGAGGACCAAUUCAAUCACGCUCUCAAAGUAGAGGAAAAGAAGAACCACCAGAACCGGAUCGUUGCCUCCAGGGAACCUCCUCCUGUUCCCCCUCUACCUCCUCGCAAAGCCUCCUAUACUCCAACCAACCCUCUGCCUCCUCCACCGGUCCCUAAAGAGAGAGCUGUCUCCUUACAGGCCAAAGACAACGCCUUCAUCUCCAGCACCAAAACAGAUAGUUUUAGAUCAGGGUAUGAUCGUGUGGAUAGGCCACCGUCUUGGUGCGACAGUCCCUCCACAAACACCAUGAGGCAGGCCAUGUUCUCCAGCCAGGCAGGUCAAAGAGAAUACCUCAUCAAACACCGCCUGGGUAAGAAGGAGAACGAGUAUGUGGACAUCCAGACCUUCAGGUUUUUCACCGGCACGUGGAACGUGAAUGGCCAGUCUCCAGACUCCUCCCUCGAGCCGUGGCUCUGCUGUGACGCAGAAGCUCCUGAUCUUUACGCUCUGGGUUUUCAAGAAUUGGACCUGAGCACCGAGGCUUUCUUCUACAUGGACUCGUCCAAGGAGCAGCUCUGGGUAGAAGCUACGGAGAGGAGCUUACACCCAAAAGCCAAGUAUAAGAGGGUUCGGAUCAUACGGCUGGUCGGGAUGAUGCUGGUGGUCUUUGUCAAAAAGACACACAAGAAUCAUAUAAAAGAAGUGGCUGCGGAGCACGUGGGGACCGGAAUCAUGGGAAAAAUGGGGAACAAAGGAGGUGUGGCAGUGAGGUUUGUUUUCCACAACACUAGCUUCUGCAUAGUCAACUCGCAUCUAGCAGCACACGUGGAGGACUUUGAGCGCCGCAACCAGGACUAUAAAGACAUAUGUGCCCGCAUGACCUUCCACUUACUGGAACAUCCGCCUCUCAGUAUCGUCAAGCAUGAUGUGGUCAUCUGGCUCGGGGAUUUAAACUAUCGUCUGUUCAUGUACGAUGCUGCUGAUGUCAAACAGCUCAUUUCUCAGAAUGAGCUGAAGAAGCUUCAGGAGGUUGAUCAGCUGAACAUUCAGAGACAGACCAAAAGAGCCUUCACUGACUUCAUGGAGGGAGAUAUUAACUUCAUUCCUACGUACAAGUAUGACCCCAAGACAGACCGAUGGGACUCAAGUGGGAAGUGCCGUGUCCCGGCUUGGUGUGACAGAAUCCUGUGGAGGGGCAACAAUGUUAAGCAGCUCAAGUACCGGAGUCACAUGGAGCUGCAAACAAGCGACCACAAACCUGUCAGCUCCCUCUUCAGUAUAGGGGUGAAGGUGGUGAAUGAGCAGCGCCACAAAAAGGUGUUUGAGGAGAUUGUUCGGGCGAUGGACAGAAUGGAGAACGACUUCCUUCCAUCUGUAUCUCUGAGCAGGAGAGAGUUUACAUUUGAGAAGGUGAAAUUCCGGCAGCUUCUGAGGGAGCGCUUCCUAAUAACAAACGACGGGCAGGUCCCCUGUCACUUCGCCUUCAUCCCCAAACUCAAUGACUCGCAGUAUUGUAAGCCUUGGCUGCGUGCCGAGCCAAGCGAUGGAUUCUUAGAGCCCAACGAGACCCUGGAGAUCUAUCUGGAGGUGUACGUCAGCAAAGACUCCGUCACGCUGCUGAACUCUGGAGAGGACUCCAUAGAGGACAUUCUGGUGCUCCAUCUGGACCGUGGCAAAGACUACUUCAUUACCAUCUCCGGCAACUACCUACCCAGCUGCUUUGGCACCUCGCUGGAGGCUCUGUGCCGCAUGAAGAAGCCCAUCAGAGAGAUCCCCAUCACCAAACUCAUUGACCUGGGAGAGGACAGCUUCAUGGAGAAGGAAAAGUCCAAAGUGAGCUUCCUGAUGGUGGAGGGGGCAAGUACCGAGGACAAACCUCUUAAGAUCCCCAAAGAGGUUUGGGUUCUGGUCAACCACCUCUUCACCAAGUCCUGUGAUCAGGAGGACUUGUUUCAAACUCCGGGCUUACAAGAGGAGCUGCAGAGUAUCAUCGACUGUCUGGACACGAGCAUCCCGGACUCCAUCCCUGGUUGCAACCACUCGGUAGCUGAGGCUCUGUUGAUCUUCUUGGAGGCCUUGCCGGAGCCCGUCGUGUGUUACGAACUCUACCAACGGUGCCUGGACUGCGCUCAUGACAGUCGCCUCUGCAAACAGUUGAUCUCCCAGCUGCCCCGGGCUCACCGCAACGUGUUCCGCUACUUAAUGGCCUUCCUGAAGGAACUGCUCAAACACUCACACAACAACAACCUAACAGCCACUCUCUUAGCGACCCUCUUCGCCAGCCUCCUCAUCCGACCGCCUCCCAACCUGGUGGCCAGGCAGACGUCACAUGAACGGCAGAAAGCCAUCGACUUCGUUCUGGGUUUCCUGAUGGCGGGAGACGAGGAGUAACGGAGGUCAAGUGUCCCUCACGGCGUCAGUUGGGCACCGAGCUGACUCCCGACCCGGCUCCCUCUCCGCAAAGGAAGCGGACCUGUAGAACACUGUGUAACAUGAUUCACUUGCUAUUUUGUCAUCUAUCGGAGACCAGUGCAGUUGUUUUGCACCCUUUUCUUUCACAAACUCUCAUGUUAGAGAUCCGCAAGACUUUUUUUUUUUUUUUUUUUGGCUUCCAUUUGAACUUCAAUGAUUUGAAGUGUCAUUGCUUCAGUUUUGUUCAUAGUUUGACCGCUCGCUGGAUUUGCAAGUACUCAGAGGAGGUUUGAACUGAUGCCUUUGCACCUCUGCUGACCUAAAGGACCUGUGCCUCCAGACUAGAGGUUAUUGUAGGUGCUCAUGCCAAAAUAAUAGUGAGAAGUAUGAACGUGAAUACACUACGUAUCCGUAGAGACUCAAUUACACUAAAGAGAGGAAAACAAGAAGAUUACAGUAAGAUGCAGACUGAAUAACUAAUUUCAAAAUGGUAAAUAGUUUGAAAUGAAAAUCACUAAGAAUGUUUAAGCUUAAGAUAAAUCAUGACAAUCGUUCAUUUUGCAGCGUUUUAGCAGAGGGGGCAAUAGUAAGAUAUCUGCUAGAGUUAUUUGUCAUCAUUUCCAUUGUAUUUUAACUGUUAUUUAUAUAUAUUUUUUUUCCUGUUCAACAAACUUUGCACCACCCGAACAGAUUUUCUCAACUGUGGUUUAUUUUCAGCUCUGCCUCGGUUUUUAUCUUUUGGAAAUAUCACAUCACUUUUUUUUUUUUUUUUUUUUUUUUUUUAUCAUCCUGUUAUAGAAAACACUUUGUCGUUUGUUUGUUGACGUGUUUUCGUGCAACUCCAACCGUGAGCCUUACAUCCAGUUUUGCCAGUUCCUCUUGAGUUACAAAACAAGCCUGUUAACACACUAACUUCCUGGUCAAGCGGAACAGAGCAAAGAGUUACGCUCUGUGGUUGUUGAUGUCUUAAAUGGUGUAAAUAGUGGUUGUUUCCCCUGUCGGCUUUCAUGGGUAUUUGACUGUCAGUAUGGUGGUGCAAAUCUGUGAUGGUGUCUACAUUUUUGUUAUGUUUGUCAUGAAGUUGGAACUAUUAACGUCUGUAUUUGUUUACACGUCUCUCUCUUUCCUCAUUUCUGCCACAUCUUACAGCUUACAGUUCUUGCUCUUGAUUCAUUGCUUUAGGCCUUUUAUGAUGCCAAGGCACCAACACUGUGUUCCUCAUGCUAACUCCAGACUAAGUGAUGCAGCAUUUUCUGAGUGCGAGUUCAGGAAGAUUUAAUGGCUCAUUACUCUGCAGGACGUAGCCUGUGUCUUUGUGCACUUUCUCUAAUUUGUGCCACAGAGGAACAUUCUUUGUGUUGUCACUGUUGUAAAACAUGUUUAUGUUUAUUGAAAUAAGGAACUCCUAUGUUGUGUAUAAUGAAGAGUAUUUCCUCUAAACAGUUGUAUCCAGAGAAAUCAUCAUUAGCUCCCCAUAACAAAAAAUAUUCGCAGCAUUUAUGAUGUUCAUUUCCUUUUUGCUCAGCAUCUGUUGAAAUGUAGUAAUGCCAGAAAAAACUCAAGAGGUUUUCUUCUCUGACGCUGCAGGAACUCAAAUGUUUCAUCUUUGUAGACGAUGUGAGCUCAUGAUGUAAUGUGACACUGCUGACAAUCAUGGUAUAUAAAGGAUAAGCCUGUAGAGCUGAUGUCGCUCUAUGCUUUUGUAGUUUCUUCUGCCUUAUUGCCAUCAAGACAAUAGAUGCUUCUGUUGGCCUUCGUCUAGCCGAGCUUUGCUAGAAAGGUGUCUCGGGCCUGAAGGAAAAGUUGAUUUGGGAGAUUUUACAAUUUAUUUAUUGAGAAAAA